CUAUAACAUUGAAAAAUGAAACUUCUGCUCAUCGCUUUCUUCGCCUUCUUGGCCGUAGCUUCCGCAGCCCCCAGCUGGGGCCACGGGGGCGCUGUAGUCGUGCCCGCUGUAGGCCACUCGGGGGUGGUCGUCGCCGGACCCGGCUGGGGCUGGGGCGGUCACGGAUGGGGACAUGGCUGGGGUCAUGGAUGGGGACACGGAUGGUAAAACCGAACCAACCCGACGAUGUUUUUCGUAAAUAUUCCAGUUAGUACAUGAACAACAACAGGGCGGAUCGGAAACGGUGUAAUUCUUUGUGUUCAU